AUGACUUCAUUUCGAGUCGAUGAACAUUUAGAAGAUUAUCUUUGGGGAAGACAUGAUACAAAGGAUUAUUUGAAAAAAGUUGCAGAAUGUGAUAGUUCGGUAGCAGAUUCAUUGAAUAGAAAAGUUGCUGGAUUGCAUGAAACACUCGAUAAACAACUAAGAAAAGGGGUUAGUUAUUUUCGGAUAUAAAUAAAGUCUACUAUAAAAAACCUAUAAAAAAUUUUAGACAACGUUCGAGAAAAACUUUAUUGCUAUAAAAAUUUAUUUUAGGUCGAAACAAAUCUUCCGCGUCUUCUCGAACAAGUUCCAGCUCUUCAAUCACUUGAAGAUACUCUUCAUUCUGUUCAAAUGAGAAUGUCAUCAGUUGCUUCCGAAUCCAAUAGAUUAUCAACUGUUUGUGAUGAACUUGCUAAUAAAUUACGAGAACAAACAAAACAACUUGAAAGUACUCAAAUGAAAAGAAAUAUGGCUUCUGAUGCUCAUAGAUGUGAAGAAUUAUUCGAAUCAUUAGAAAAAAGAAGUGAUUUGGUGAAAAAAGCUGAAAUUACGGCAGAAAUCAAGGAAAUUCUUAAUGAUAACAAGAGUUUGAAGAAAAUAGGAUGGCUUAAAAAUUUGGUUGAUAAUAAGUUGAAAGUUGUUGAGAAUGAAGUUAGAAGAAGUUCAGCUGAAGAAUUGAAAAGAGGUUUGGCAUCUUUGAAUAGUUCAAUGGUUGCAUCUUCACAAAGAGCAUUGAGAACAUUAAAUUGUUUAGAUUGUAAGUUUGAAUUAUUCAUUUAGAACAUUUUUCAAAUUUUGUAUUUUUCAGUGGAGCUCGAAGUUUUGUUAUCUUCAUCAGUUGUUGAGUUGGAUAAGAAAUUAAUGGAAUUGUCAAAUAGUAAUUCGGAUAUUGUCAAUAAAAGUCUUCCAGUAGUUUCGGCAUUGAUACAAUCUCAUUUAGAACAGGCUUCGAUGCUUGGUGAGUUUUUUAUAGACAAAAAUUAUAUUCUCGGAAUGUUUUCAAGAAUAACUUUUGUUUGAAAAAUAUUUGUUCCGAAAAUUUGGAAUUGUAAUACAAUUAUUGUAUUUCAAUUAUUUUAUAGGUGAUAAUUAUCGUAAAAAGUUUUCGGAGAAAUUGGCCCGAAUGAUAAAAUCCCGUGUGCCACUCGAUACUCCAUUUGCUCUUCGUUUUGUUCAACAACUCGGACGAGUUUUCAAAUCAAAAUCCGAUUGUUCUCCAGUUCUUCUCGAUUCUCUUCGACCACUCAAAAACUCACUUCUUGCACAUUCUCUUGCUAAACUUCACAAAAUUGUUGAUGAACAUGAUUUCUCGACUUCGUUUGCAAAUGCGUUUGUUGAUUUGGUAAGAGCCUUUUUAUUUUUCUUUUGAAGGAAACAUUAAUUUAUUUGAUUUUCAGAUAAAUUCUGCAAUGGAAGAAGAAUUGAAAAAAGUUGAUUGGGAUGCUGAAUUAAGUCAGAAAAUGAGUCAUAAUAUUGAAAAAUGUAUCGAAAUGAUUGCUAAAAAAUUGGAAGAAAAUCUACAUUUGACAAAUGAUGAUUUACUUUUGGGCGAUAGAUUGACUGCAAAUCAAAUGACAAAUUAUAGACUUAUUCAAACUGCUGAUGGAAUUGUGAAACAAUGGCCAAAUGAAUCGAAAAGUAUUCAAACACUUCAGAAAUUUAGUUUAGAUUCAAUAAUAAGUCAAGUUGAACAAUCAAUUCGAGCUAUAAUGGCACGAAUGCAUUCAGAAAAACGAAAAGAAUCAAGAAGUGUAUCACCUUAUAUGCAAGAAUUACUCGAAUAUAUUUUACAUGUUGAUAUGCAUAUGGCACAUGUUUCUCGAGCUAUUUGUCAUUCACAUGUUCUUUCUCAAAUCGCUGAUUAUAUUAUUGAAUCAUUCAUUUUGAAUUCAUGUUUAGUUCGUAGUUUUGAGAAUGAUCAACGGAAACUUUUGAUUAUUGAUUUUUCUCGAUUACUUGAAGCUGUAAGAAGUAUGGAAUGGCCAUCGAAAUAUGGAGACACAACAAGAUUAUUAGAUUUAUUCGGAGAUGAUGUUGAAGUUAUGUUAAGUGUGGAAGGUAUCAAAAAAUCAAUAUUUGCUCAAUUAUUGAUUUCCGAUAGUCCCGAUGAAUUAAUGUUACCGCAUGAAUCAGUGCAAUGGACAGUAAGUUUUAUCACAAGUUUUUUAUUUUUCAUGGGAUUAUUUUCAAGGCCGAAGAAUAUGUGAAAUGGAAUGAGGAACACACUGAAGUUGAAAUUAUCGCACUUCUAAACGGACUUAUGACUUCUUACAAUUCGUCAGUAAUUUCAAAAGGACAAACUCAAUAUGUCAAACAUUAUCCAAUAAUUAUGAAAUUACUAGCCGAUUCUUUCUGA